AUGAUGAACGCAGAGACUCUAGAAACGCGAGCCUUGCGGCAGUUUGAUGCACUUGUCCAACGAGGGGAACUGCUCUGGCAAGCCAACACCCCACUUCUAGUCCAGACAGGCCCGUUCAAGUUCCAAUUCCGCAGCACUCCCAGCUACACAAAGAAACCCAUUCAAAAAGCCGACGACCCAGGCCGCACAUCUGAUCAAAACGUCUUCUCAGACACAGAUCCCGACUUCGUAAUCGAUUUUAUCGGUCCAUCUCACAAACUCAUCCUCAAUAAAUACUCCAUCGUACGGCCGCAGUAUGUCCUUCACACUACAGCCUUCACCCCUCAAUCUGAUCAUCUGAACGCCGUUGACUUCGAUGCUGCUUGGAACGUCGUGAGCCGAUUGGAGAGCAGGAAUAUGGUGAUUUACAACUGCGGCGUUGAGGCUGGAAGCUCGAUUGGACACAAACAUUUGCAAAUUUUGCCUAGACCGGAAAGGAAGGAGUUCGAGAUGUUCCCUGAUGCCUUGGGAAUUGAUAAUGAAAAGAGCGAAGUUCGAGGUCUGCCAUUUCGACACGCAGUGAAGCUAUUGUCAUCCAGUCCGAGUGUUUCAGAGCUUGUGAGUGUGUACGAAAAGCUGAAGAUUCGUUCGAGAGUCAACAAUGCUCACAAUGUCAUUUUGGUGAAAGAGUGGAUGUUAGUGAUCCCGAGAUCUUGUGCGCGACAUGGAAAUCUAGCAGCAAAUGCAGCAUCCAUGGCCGGCCUGGCUUGGGUGAACAAGCUUGAAGAUAUACAAAAUUGGAUAGACCGGGGACCAAUGGAAUUGCUGCGUCAAUUCGGUGUUGCUAAGGGGUAG